GAAGACCAUUACAAAAAAAAAUGGCAGGUUUUGACAAUGGAGUCAAAUUCAAUUUUGGCAUCACAACUGUCAAUGAUAAGAACUGGUUUUACCUGUUAUCGAUGGAUGGUCAGCUUUGGAAUGACGAGCACAUUGACGUCAUUUUCUAUUACUUUCGGAAGAAAGGAAAGUAUGACAAAAGGAACAAUUUCAGAUUCACCACUGUUGACUGCCUAUUCAAGCAGAGAAUUGAUGUGGUCCACCAUGCAUAUCGCAAUGUUGAAACACAGACAAAUGUGGCAACUGAAGAGCAAGUAUUGAUUGAGUAUGUUAAGGGCCACAGGCUUAUUGCCAAUGUCCCGUGGCAUACCGUUGACAACGUGCUAACACGCUUGCUACACCUGCUGCCACAUUUCCUACAUGCCGUCUGGAUUCUAUGUAAAUCAAAAAGCAUAGAUUUGGUGAAAGACCCAGCAUAUGCGGAUAAGGGACAGAUCGAUAUCCUUGAAGUUGUCUAUGUUGAUAACCUGCCGCAGCAAACUGCUGGUAGCACGGACUGUGGUGUUUUUGUGGCAGCGUAUGCUGAGUAUUUGACAUCGGGUGAAAGGAUUCCAGAUGUCAUUGAUGCACACAUGCGACGUAUGAGAUACGGUGCACUCUUGUGGGACUACGGCGAAGGCAAGGUUGCGACAAUGCAGAGAGUGAUAAUGAAGUUCCACCAAGACCGAACAGCCACCAAUCGAUUAUGA